CUCUCUCGGCUGUGUUAAGACGCAAGAAAAGACGCCCUUGGCUCAUUGGCGGAGCCGCUCCCUUUCCACAAAAAGUCCUGCCUCGCUUGUAUUCCCCCCCCCCCGCCGGCGUUCAGCCUAUCCGCAGCCUGGGGCAGGCGAGCUUCCGACUGCGGCGCAGUCACGUCCUUCUGCCUGCCAGGGCGGGUCAGUCCGUCCGUCUGUGUGCCAGUGCCCGGAAUUCGUGGCUCUCUCGCUAUGCUGGCCUCCGCGCAAGGAAGAUCCGCCCCGUUCCAUUCCGUCUCCGCCGCCUCUUCUGCUGUCACUCAUCAGAAGCCUUGCUGCAGCCACGGCAAAGACCGGGAGAGCACGAAAAUGGCUGUUCCCCCUGCUUAUGCUGACCUAGGAAAAUCUGCUCGAGAUAUCUUCACCAAGGGAUAUGGAUUUGGCUUAAUAAAGUUGGAUUUGAAAACAAAAUCUGAAAAUGGACUGGAAUUUACAAGCUCAGGUUCAGCAAAUACAGAAACAAGCAAAGUUACUGGAAGUUUGGAAACCAAGUACAGGUGGACAGAAUAUGGCUUGACAUUCACAGAGAAGUGGAACACUGACAAUACACUAGGCACAGAGAUAACUUUAGAAGAUCAGCUUACACAUGGACUGAAGCUGACCUUUGACUCCUCAUUCUCUCCUAACACUGGAAAGAAGAAUGCUAAGGUCAAGUCUGGAUACAAGCGGGAACAUAUCAACUUGGGUUGUGACAUGGAUUUUGACAUUGCUGGUCCUUCAAUACGUGGUGCCUUUGUCUUUGGCUAUGAAGGUUGGCUGGCUGGUUACCAAAUGAAUUUUGAGACGACUAAAUCCAGAAUAACACAGAGCAACUUUGCUGUUGGUUAUAAGACGGAUGAAUUUCAGCUUCACACCAAUGUGAAUGAUGGUACAGAAUUUGGAGGUUCCAUUUAUCAGAAGGUGAAUGAUAAAUUGGAAACGGCUGUCAAUCUUGCUUGGACAGCUGGAAAUAGCAACACCCGCUUUGGGAUAGCUGCCAAAUAUCAAAUCGACCCAGAUGCAUCUUUCUCUGCUAAAGUGAAUAAUUCCAGUCUGAUUGGUUUAGGAUAUACUCAGACUCUGAAGCCAGGUAUUAAAUUGACAUUGUCAGCUUUGUUGGAUGGGAAGAAUGUCAAUGCAGGUGGCCACAAACUAGGUCUAGGACUGGAAUUUGAGGCAUGAACAAAGGAGCUGUACCAUAAUUAAUUCUGAAAUACUAUACAGCAUAGCUACCUUCUGAAUUUAGUGUACUUUUCAAUGUUUUAUGUCUGGGAUGCAAUUAUUGCUGUGUGUCAGUCAUGUCAAACCCGACUGAAGAAGGCUAAGCUUCAAAGUGUGUGUUUUCAGAGAAGGACAAGAAUACUUUCUCCACUUGCAGGCCUCUGGGGAAUGUUGCUUAUUAGAACUCCAUGCUUGCCAACUAUUAUAUGAAGGUCUGAUUCUGUCUUCAACCUUUUCUUAAGAUCACGGCUCCUGUAAUGGCAGAAAUAUUUGAAGUUCAUGCUGUGAGAAUGUCAGUCCAUCAGAGUGUCUUGGAAGCUCAAUUUCCUGUCACUGAAUUAACAGGCUUUCAUUUUAUGGUGGAGUGUUCAAAUUUGUUUGAUAAGGGGCUGCUAAGGCAGAUGCAUCAUACACGUUUUAAGUCUUACCUAGUUCUCCUUCCUACACCUACAGCUCUCUUAACACCAACAGCUUGUCCUUGGAGUGCUUUAGAGUGUUCACUUUGUAUAACUUUGGCGUGUAGAAAGUUUGAUGUGACUCAGCCAAUACUACUUAAAAAAAACACACACCCUGUGUUGUGGUUCUUUCCCUUGCCCUAAUUAUGGAAAUGCUUGUACAACAGAGCCAUAAGCAGGGAAGUCUUUUGUAAUUGUAAUCCCCUAGUGGCACUGCAUUAAACAAGAUGGAUUUUGUUUUACCACUUUUUUUUUAGCAGUUUAAUGGGUACAUCUUCAGUCUUCCAAUUUGUGUGUGUGUGGAACUAGACCCCCAAAUGCUGUACUGGACACCACUUAAAAUGAGGGGGGGAAAACAACCCCAACGUGAAUAAAACAUUGAAACUUCA